UACGUACUAAGUGCAAACCCACUAGGGUUUCCGACUCUAACUUCAGUUGAGCCGUUGAAGGUCUCCCCCAGUGUAGACAUGGCCCAAUUCGUGACACACAUUCAGCCGACGCUGAUGGAGGCGUCGCAAGGUCAUGUACCGCACCACCACGGACAUCAGGUGGGUGUGCAGCACUCGUCGCAUCUGCCACACAGCGGUCACAACAUGCCAUCGCCGCCCACCCACAACCAUCAUCAUCACCAGCAUGGACACCACGGAGGACACAGUAGCUCUGCUUCACCCUCCUCCCAUCCGCAUCAUCUGCACAAACAGCAGUCAUCAGCGCAUCAUACGAGUGGACAUAGCUCACACCCCCCUGCUGCUGCUGCUGCUCAUGCUCCUGCUGCAACUGGUCAUGCUCCACUUGCUCCGCACAUUGGUCAUACUGGACAGCAGCACUCGAGUCAUCACACGGCCCACUCUGGCCACGCCAAAACGCAUCACAGUCCACCCUCCCAGUUGGCAUCACCGCCAGCGGAGCAGCACCCUGGCCACUACGAGUUCUAUCACCAUCAGCAUGAGGUGGUCUUCCAUCACACCGAAGGCGGGGUGCCAGCAGCACCACCCACCAGCAAGCAUCAUGACAAGCACGAGCAUUGCCCCACAGGACACCACAGUGCGGGCGAUGGCAACACUUCCUUCCUGCGUGCUGCUCGGGCCGGUAAUCUGGAGCGUGUCCUCGAGCAUUUGAAGAACAACAUUGACAUCAACACCAGCAAUGCGAACGGCUUGAAUGCCUUGCAUUUGGCCUCCAAGGAUGGCCACAUACACGUCGUCUCGGAGCUGCUGCGACGCGGCGCGAUUGUGGACAGUGCCACCAAGAAGGGCAACACGGCGCUGCACAUCGCCUCGCUGGCCGGACAGGAGGAGGUGGUGAAGCUGCUGCUGGAGCACAGUGCCUCCGUCAAUGUGCAGUCGCAGAAUGGAUUCACGCCCCUGUACAUGGCGGCACAGGAGAACCACGAUGCUGUGGUGCGACUGCUGCUGUCCAACGGCGCCAACCAGAGCCUGGCUACCGAAGAUGGCUUCACGCCGCUGGCCGUGGCCAUGCAGCAGGGCCACGAUAAGGUUGUGGCCGUACUCCUCGAGAGCGAUACGCGGGGAAAGGUGCGUCUGCCGGCUCUGCACAUUGCAGCCAAGAAGGACGACGUCAAGGCUGCUUCUCUUCUCCUAGAUAACGACCACAAUCCGGAUGUGACUUCCAAGUCGGGUUUCACCCCGCUGCACAUUGCCUCGCACUAUGGCAACCAGAACAUAGCCAACCUGCUGAUCCAGAAGGGCGCCGAUGUCAACUACUCGGCCAAGCACAACAUCAGUCCGUUGCACGUGGCUGCCAAGUGGGGCAAAACCAACAUGGUCUCGCUGCUGCUGGAGAAGGGCGGCAACAUCGAGGCCAAGACCCGCGAUGGACUCACGCCGCUCCACUGUGCCGCCCGCUCGGGCCACGAGCAGGUGGUGGACAUGCUGCUGGAGCGCGGUGCCCCCAUUAGCGCCAAGACCAAGAACGGUCUGGCUCCCCUCCACAUGGCGGCCCAGGGCGAGCAUGUGGAUGCCGCUCGCAUCCUGCUCUACCAUCGCGCGCCCGUCGAUGAGGUCACCGUCGACUAUCUGACCGCUCUGCAUGUGGCGGCUCACUGCGGCCAUGUGCGCGUGGCCAAGCUGCUGCUGGAUCGCAACGCCGACGCCAAUGCUCGUGCCCUAAACGGGUUCACGCCACUGCACAUUGCCUGCAAGAAGAACCGCUUGAAGGUCGUCGAGCUGCUGCUCCGUCACGGCGCCAGCAUUAGCGCCACCACGGAGAGCGGCCUCACACCGUUGCACGUGGCCGCCUUCAUGGGUUGCAUGAACAUUGUCAUCUAUUUGCUGCAACACGACGCCAGUCCGGAUGUGCCCACUGUGCGUGGCGAGACGCCAUUGCAUCUGGCAGCGCGUGCCAACCAGACCGACAUCAUUCGCAUUCUGCUGCGCAACGGCGCCCAAGUGGAUGCACGUGCCCGGGAGCAGCAGACGCCGCUGCACAUUGCCAGCCGACUGGGCAACGUUGACAUCGUAAUGCUGCUGCUGCAGCACGGCGCUCAGGUGGAUGCCACCACCAAGGACAUGUACACGGCGCUCCACAUUGCCGCCAAGGAGGGACAGGAUGAGGUGGCUGCCGUGCUGAUCGAGAACGGGGCUGCGUUGAACGCCACCACAAAGAAGGGCUUCACCCCGCUGCACCUGACGGCCAAAUAUGGACACAUCAAAAUGGCGCAGCUGCUGCUGCAGAAGGAGGCUGAUGUGGACGCCCAGGGCAAAAAUGGCGUGACUCCGCUCCAUGUGGCCUGCCACUACAACAACCAGCAGGUGGCCCUGCUGCUGCUCGAGAAGGGAGCCAGCCCCCAUGCCACCGCCAAGAACGGACACACGCCGCUUCACAUUGCGGCGCGCAAAAACCAGAUGGACAUUGCCACCACUCUGCUGGAGUACGGCGCCCAGGCCAAUGCCGAGAGCAAGGCCGGUUUCACUCCGCUGCACCUGAGCAGCCAGGAGGGCCAUGCUGAGAUUUCCAACCUCUUGAUCGAGCACAAGGCAGCCCUGAAUCACCCGGCCAAGAACGGCCUCACUCCCAUGCAUCUGUGCGCCCAGGAAGACAACGUGAAUGUGGCCGAGAUUCUGCAGCGCAACGGCGCAAGCAUCGACAUGCCUACCAAAGCUGGGUUCACGCCCUUGCACGUCGCCUCGCACUUCGGCCAGGCCAACAUGGUGCGCUUCCUUCUACAAAAUGGAGCCAACGUGGACGCGGCCACCUUGAUUGGUUACACCCCUCUGCAUCAGACCGCACAGCAGGGGCAUUGCCACAUUGUCAACCUACUGCUGGAGCACAAGGCGAAUGCCAAUGCCCAGACCGUCAACGGGCAGACAGCCCUGAACAUUGCCCGCAAGCUGGGCUACAUCAGUGUGCUGGACUCGCUCAAGUCCAUCACCACAGAGGAUGAGUCGAGCGCCGCACCAGCACAGACCGAGGAGAAGUACCGUGUCGUUGCCCCGGAGGCCAUGCACGAGUCGUUUAUGUCCGACUCUGAGGAAGAAGGCGGUCACACGAACUGGGAAUUGGACGCGUGCUACGAGUACGGCAUUGGCGUUGACCACAGCCACAGUCAACGCCACAGUGAACGGCCAGACGCUCACGUCUACAUGCCGUAUUACCAAAGCGACACACUCUAUGUCACCAGCGAAGACAAUAUGCUAUCAGAUCAACCAUACCGUUAUCUGACCGUUGAUGAAAUGAAAUCCCUAGGCGAUGACUCGCUGCCCAUUGAUGUGACCCGCGACGAGCGCAUGGACUCCAACCGCAUGACCCAGAGCGCUGAGUAUGCCGGCGGAGUGCCUCCCACCAUUGGCGAGGAGGUGAUCAGUCCACACAAGGCGCAGGUAUACGGAAACUCGCCCAAGGCCACCGUUGAUGGCGUCUACAUAGCCAACGGCCAUGGACUCGAUGAGCCGCCGCAUGUGGGCCGGAAAUUGAGCUGGAAGAGCUUCUUGGUCUCCUUCCUGGUCGAUGCACGAGGCGGAGCCAUGCGCGGUUGUCGCCAUAGCGGCGUGCGCAUGAUAAUUCCAUCGCGCUCCACCUGCCAGCCGACGCGGGUCACCUGUCGGUAUGUGAAGCCACAGCGGACCAUGCAUCCGCCGCAGUUGAUGGAGGGCGAGGCUCUGGCCAGUCGCGUGCUGGAGCUAGGUCCAUGCUCCACCAAAUUCAUUGGCCCCGUGGUCAUGGAGGUGCCGCAUUUCGCCUCGCUACGUGGCAAGGAGCGCGAAAUCAUUAUUCUACGCUCCGACAAUGGCGAGACCUGGCGCGAGCACUCCAUCGACAACUCGGAGGAGAUCAUCCACGACGUCUUGCAGCAGUGCUUCGAGCCAGAGGAAAUCGCCCAACUGGAGGAGCAGGCCGGCAAUCAUGUGUGCCGUUUUGUCACCUACGACUUUCCCCAGUACUUUGCCGUCGUCUCGCGCAUUCGCCAGGAAGUGCAUGCCAUUGGGCCCGAGGGCGGCAUGGUAUCCAGCACCGUGGUGCCGCAGGUGCAGGCCGUCUUCCCCCAGGGAGCCCUCACCAAGAAGAUCAAAGUUGGCUUACAGGCCCAGCCGGUCGAUCCCGAUCUAACCGCCAAGCUGCUGGGUCGCGGUGUGGCCGUAUCGCCGAUAGUGACGGUCGAGCCGCGCCGCCGUAAGUUCCACAAGGCCAUCACACUCAGCAUGCCGGCACCGAAGGCCCACAGCCAGGGGAUGAUCAAUCAGUAUUCGGGCAACACGCCAACCCUGCGGCUCCUAUGCUCCAUUACAGGUGUGUUUCGGAAAAGGUCUCUAAAAGGCGGACCGUCUCGUGCCCAAUGGGAGGAUGUCACUGGCUCCACGCCGCUGACCUUUGUCAACGACUGUGUCUCCUUCACGACCACUGUAUCGGCUCGCUUCUGGCUAAUGGACUGCCGCAACAUCUCGGAUGCCACCAAGAUGGCCACAGAACUUUACAAGGAAGUUAUUCAUGUACCCUUCAUAGCCAAGUUUGUGGUGUUCGCCAAGAAGAUUGAACCCUUCGAGGCUCGUCUGCGUGUUUUCUGCAUGACCGAUGACCGCGAGGACAAGACACUGGAGAAGCACGAGCUCUACACGGAGGUGGCCAAGAGUCGCGAUGUGGAGGUGCUCGAAGGCAAGCCACAGUACAUUGAGAUGGCAGGCAACCUAGUGCCAGUCACCAAGUCUGGCGACCAGCUGCAGCUCCAGUUCAAGGCCUUCCGCGAGAACCGUCUGCCCUUCACAGUGCGUGUAAAGGAUCAACAUGCGGAUAUCGUGGGCCGCACCCUGUUCAUGAAGGAGCCCAAAGUGGCCAAGGGCGAGCCACCACAGCAGCCCAUCUGCAUACUGAACAUCGUGCUGCCAGAGGCUGUGAUACCGGACUCGACCACAGCGUUCUCCGACCGCGUGACUUCCGCCUACAGAUCCUCCAUGUUCAGUCUGAGCAAGCACCAGAACGACCACUACAUCGGCGACAUUCGCAUUGUGGAUUUGUCCAAUCUGCUGGGCAAGGACUGGAUACAACUGGCGCCCGAGAUCGGCAUCAACGCGGAGGAGAUCGACGAGAUUAUCAACCAGAACACCGACAGCAUAGCCAGGCAGGCACAGAGCAUGAUCCGCCUGUACAAGGACAAGCCAAACUACGACAUACAAUCCCUGGAGACGGCACUCAAGAACAUCGGCCGAGAAGACAUCAUGAAAAAGUGCAAGAGUGGAAGACUCUCACACUCACGCGAGUUCGACGAAACGGACAUCAUGAAGAACUCGGAAUCUGUGGAAGAGCUGGUUCGCAGAGAAAGCAAGCGAAUCCAGCAGAUCAACGAACGUGAAGAAGUCAAGUACUCUGCCGAAGAAAAGGAAGUCGAGGAGUCCGAGUCCGACGAGGAACAAGCCAAACGGACGGUGGCCGAGAGGCGCGAGAAGAUUGUCAAGCGCCUGUCCAUGGAGCGUUCCAUACCGGCCUCAACGCAAAAGAAGGAGAUCACCCGCGAAAUAACCGAAAUCAAACGAAAGAGUCUCAUUGAGGAUAAGAAGGCGCAUCACGAGUCCGAGAUCUUGAUGCAGCUCCCCGCCGACAAUGUGAUUAUAAAGACAGCGGGUGUGCCCGAACAAGUCAUCAAGAUGAAGAUGGGCAAGAUGGACUCCACGGAGGUGAGCAAGAGCGACUUCGACAAGGAGCUGACGCACAAGUUCAAGUCAUCCGGCCGCAGCUCUGAGGAGGAGGAACAGCCAUCACCCGACGCCGUAGACAAGAUUGUCCAGGACAUCAGUUCUGCUGAAAAAACGGAGAAAGAUGCAGUGACCUUUACUCGGGCCACGACCAUCACCCGACAGGAGGCACGGGAUAUCACCGAAGAUUUCCUGGAGAUGGAGAAACGCAGCCAACUACCAACGACAACGGCCACAGUGCACGAAAAGUUUGUUGAGGAGGUGAAGGAGAAGAAGACUAGCCCCAUAGCUUCAGUCACGCCGGAAACUGUGAAGGAGGUCGAGCACUUCAUCAGCGAAGUGACUGACAUCGCCAGCAAGAAGGUGGAGAACAUAAUUAGCUCCUUCGAGAGCGCCAAAACAGAAGACAUUGCCGUAACCCUACCCAGCCAGCCGGCGCCCGAAACAACGAAGGUCAGUGAGACCAUUAAACAUCUGGAAGACGCCAAGACAGUGUCCCAAGAGCAAGUCAAGACCGUGCAGAUCGUCGAGAGCACAACCAUCGAAGACACAAUCGCAGAAUUUGAAGCGAAAAAGGUCAAAUAUGACUUCCACGGUGGCGAGCCAAAGACCCAAAUACCCAAGCUGGUGCGAAAGCCAAGCGAGGAGUCCAUGAAGCCGACUGCAGCCCCACGUGCUGUGGCGGAAGUCGAAGGCGACCUGACAGCCGAGAUCAAACCCGAGAAGCCCCUUUCCAAAAUACCAGUUAAAUCCUCCGCGGGCGAUGCCCAAAAGAUUAUAGAUGUGGUGGACACACGGAAGGUGACCCACGACUUCCUGCAGGGUGAGAAGUUGGCCGCCGAACCCAAGGCUGCGCCAGCAGCUAGCAAAAUACCCAAGGUGGAGCCACGAAAAUCAGUGGAGAAGCUGACCAUCGACAAAGAGUCGAAAGUCUUGGACGAUGUGGUGGCUUCUACGGCCAGCAUUAUGACAGCAGCAGGCCUGGGAGCAGAGGUGGCCAAGGACAAGCCAGCUGGACAGCCAGAGGUUGCCGCCAAGGCAGAAACUCUCACCGAGAAGGUUUCCGAAUUGAUUGACACAUUCCACAAGGUAGAGGAGAAGGUUGUGAAGUCUGAGAAACAUUCGGAGAUAGCCCACAAAAUGGAAAAGACGGUCACAAUCGAAGACAAAAAGCUCGCACAUGCGCAGCCCAAAGAGGACAAAGUGGCGGAAAAGAUAGCUGAAGUAGUCGAAACAUUCCAUAUGAUCGAAGAGCAAAUAGUUACCGCCGACACCCGCAAGCUCACCCACGAUUUCCUCACCAUGGAGCAGCAAAGCCAACUGCCAAGCAUUCCCCAAGCAACCGAUCAACAUCUUGAAUCCAGUCUAACAUCAACAACAACAUCUGAGCCAGAGUCAGUGAUCUCAGUGAAACCAUUGCCGCCUGCGAGCAAGAUACCUGUGGUGGAGCCCAGGAAGACCCUGACCGAGGAAGCUGUGAAGCCAACGGAGCCAACCGCUAAGACACAGGUCGAGGAAGCACUGAAGCCCACUGAGGAGCAACCCAAGAAGGUUCUGCCUGAGCGUCAGCUAACCGCCGAUUUCCUGAGCAUGGAGCAGCAGACACAGCUACAGUCGCUGCCCGCAAAAGCUCUGGUUGAGGAAGUUAUCAAGUCCGCUGAGCAGUUGGUUGAGCAGAAAAUGCAGACCGAGUCCCAGCCAGAGAAAACUCUGAUCAAGGAGGAAGUGAAACCAAUUGAGCAGCUGACCAAGCAGGAGCCACUGCACGAGCGUCAGCUAACCGCUGACUUCCUGAGCAUGGAACAGCAAACACAGCUGCAUCCCGUUAUCCAGCCAUCAGUACUGCCGCAAAUCAUCGAUUCGAUUCUGCCAGAAAAGACGGUGUCCAAAGGCGAUGGCAUUGAGUCGGCGGCACCGAUUGGAGAUGCUUCGCUCUUCCAAACACCCAAACCGGAGUUCGCUCUCGUUACCCAGAAGCCGGAAAAUCUGCCGAGUGUGGUCCGGGAACUUUCUGAGUACGAUAGCGAUACCUUUGACAAACGAGCCACUGUUCCAUUGAGUGAGUUAAUCAAAGAGGAGGGCCUCAGUGCUCCCCUGUUCAUGGAGCCACGUAAAUCCCUGACCGAUGCCGAGUUCUGCAAGUCUGUGGGCGAGACGAUCAGCAAGAAGAUGAGCGCGGGAGUCAUUGAGAUAUCAGAUGAGCUCAAAAAAAUCGCGAGCGAUAUUCCAGACUCCCAGACUCCACCGCCCACACCCAGCGACACGAAAAUCGAUAAGCAGAACGAGGAGCCGGAGCUGAUCAGCUUGGAGCGUGAUUAUCUUGGCGACACUGUGACCACGCUGCACACGACCACAGAGUCGACGUUUGAGCGCGUUUCUGCCAUAACAAAAAUAGGUAAGUCCAUUGUAUGAAACGAGUGGAUGGCUGUUCCCUGCUCUCCGCUCAAUUCUCAAUGCAAUUUGUAAUUGUUAUGUAAACUUACUUUCUAUAUAUAUAUUUUCCUAUGUUUGCCUCUUUCGGUAAAAGACCAUAA